UUGGUCCGGUGGCUCCUCCCACAUGAGGUGACCGAGGGGUUUAUCCUAAACCUCAUUAGAUGUACAGGUAGCGCAUGAUGUCAGUAGAGCGCUGGACACCAACACAUGCAUGGACAUAGAUCUUCUGCUACAGAGAAGAUGGUGGCCACUGUGCUCACCUGGCCCUCCUCAUCCAAACAUGUUCAAUCUGAUGAGCAAUUGCUACAGCUGGCUGUCCAAGUUACAGGAACCAAUCAGGAAAGUGACCAUACUGGUAGUUGGUCUUGACAAGGCGGGAAAGACAUCUUCAGUCAGGGGUAUGCUGAGAGUGCCCUUAGGUUUGAACACGAGUCCGACUCAUGGCUGUGUUCGCUCGGAGCUGAGGGUGGACAAUUACCUGGUGAGCCUGCUGGAUGUUGGCGGAGCGCCUGAGUCCCGAGCGGUUUGGAGGGAGGUCUACGGAGACGUCCAUGGGAUCAUCUUCGUUGUUGACUCUAGUGACAGGCAGCGGAUAAAGGAGGUCAAGGAUGUCCUGUCGGAGAUGCUGAAGCAGCCCAGAGUGGCGGGAAAACCGAUAUUAGUAUUGGCCAACAAACAGGACAAAGUGAACGCUCUGCUGGGAAGUGAGCUGAUUGAAGUACUCUCUCUGGAAAACCUGGUCAACCAAAGCCGCUCUCUGUGCCAUAUAGAGCCUUGCUCGGCCUCAACGGACCUGCGGCGCUGGGCCGACAAGAAGACCCUGCGUGGGCUCCAGUGGCUGUUGCGGGCCGUGUGCCUGGACUACCCGGAGCUGUGUGCCCGGGUAGCCCAGGACCGCAGGAGGCCCCUGGCUGCCCCGGGCGACGCGGACAAACCUCGCAGAGCGGAGAAGGGCCGUCGAAAAAAAACCAAAGAAGAAAGGUUGCCCUCAAGCCAGUCUGACCUGCGGCAGGAGCACCGGCCUAAAGAGAAGGAGAAAAUGCUCAAAAGUGGAGGCAAAAUGCAGCCUAUUCGAAACAUGCUAAAAAAGGAAAAUACGCUGAAAAAGAAGUUGAAGAGAUCAAAGAAGAAACAGGUGAAAAUUGAAGAUGAUAUGGAGACACAGUUGAGGGAAGAACCGCAGCAGAAUGACGAACACGAGAGCAGUGAGGAAGGGCAGGAGGCGUCCGGGCAGAAGGAGAAGGCUAGGAGUCCAUUGAUCCCUCCGAAAAAAGAGAAAGGCAAACUCAGACGCAAGAAAAAGGUCAACGAAGACAAGCCAAUUCAGGACGUGCCACAAUCACCUGAGGAAAAUGAAGAACUAUCCACUACAGAGGAAACAAGGAAGAAGAAGAAGAAGAAGAAGAAGGUGGUUAAAGUCAAGCGAAAGAACAAGAUCAACACAGAGGACACGCCUGCUGAUGCCCUGUCGUCUGGUCACCCACAGGUGGACCUGUCUGCUACUCUCGAUCUGUACCGUAAAGCCAUCCUGACUAUGAAGGAGAGACAGGAUCUGGGCUAGUGACAGUCCAUAUCUGGGGGGCAUGGAAUAGCUUUUGGUUGUUGAUUUAUUGUUUGAUUAUUGUUUGUUUUUAUAUGAAUGAAAAUAGUGUACAGGCAAUACAUUUUCCAGACAUGCAAGGAAAAGAGUGGAGUAGCCUAUGAAUUGAAAAAUCAACUUAUUCAUUAAUAAACGUUCUUUCUACCGUUAUAAUGUCUAUGCCUGUAUACGUAGUUAUUCUAACAUUUCUUUAGGCCUCUACCAAUUAUGGAAUAUAUUUGAUUUAUUUGUUUGUUGUACAUUUCCAGACUAUUUCCUUUUCUUAUUUGAAAUUUGAAACGCUACUUAAAAUUCAUUUUGCCUGCAAUUUAGCUAUAUGGGAUGUUGUCUUACAAUUGUAGUACAUUCUAAUGGACAACGCAUUUAAUGUUUGAUGGACUGCCAAACGAACAGCUAUUGUAGAGGCGCCGAAUUUGGUGGCACGGUGCGAUCAUGGAUGUAUUCGUACAGUUAGGCCUAUUACGCAUUUGCGAUAACAUCAAUGUAUUCAAUCGGACAUGAGUAAGAAGUCAUUUCAUCCAGCCGUGAUAACAGGGUCGCGUUAAUCGCCAUUUUUGUUGCACAUCCAGAAGCCCACUCCCCCCCUCCCCCACGCAAAUGUAUCCAAUGCGUUGACGGUAGUGGGGCUUUCAUCACUUCAAUGUGGAACAACUGCCUCGGUGCUGGCGGGACAUAGCCUAAUAUGAAGAUGGCUUCACCGAGGACAAUAACCAUUGUGGCCCUUUCGUUUGCUCUGGGUCUAUUUUUUGUGUUUAUGGGAACCAUUAAACUCACCCCGAGGUUAAGCAAAGAUGCAUACAGUGAAAUG